AUGGAACUCAACGUCUGUCAUGAACUGAUGCGUUGUGGUGGUGGUGGUGGUGGUGGUGGUGGUGGUGGUGGUGGUGGUGGUGGUGGUGGUGGUGGU